AUGUUGUUUGGGAAUGACGAAGGAAACGCAUUCUCAAAGAAGUUGAUGGCUCAAAAGCCCAGGAGAAAAUGGGGGCGGGGAGUCGUACCAGUGCUUGAUGAUCAAGACUAUUUAAUGGAAUUGGAGAAACAAAAAUUGGAGAAAGCAAAACAAAGGGAAGAGGAAAAACGGAGAGAUAAGGAAGAAAUAUUCCAACAUUAUCGGAAUUAUUCGCUAGCAACUUCAGAGAGAACGAAACCAGAAGAGAUGUGGACAGAAGAGGAAGAAUCUGCUUUGUAUAAAGAUCCCGAACCCUCUGGAGGAGUGAAUAAUUUAAGAGAAGAUUUAUUUGGAGGAAAGAUUGAUAAAGCAGACCUUUUUUCAGGACAGGAAUCUUACAGCUUUAACAGACAUCGACCUCGAAGAAUGGAGCUUCUUAAUAAUUCAAAACAACAGGGAGAUGAUGAUUUUCCUCUUUCACAAAACAAGCUUUCUUCGCAGCCCAAAAACAAGAGAGAAGAAAUGUAUGAAAAGAAAAAACUAAUGAGGCUUAGAAAAAAGAGCGGAGAAGGCGAACUCUUUGACGAUUUGGAAACAAACAGCAUGAGUAGUGGAAUUUCAAAACAAAAUACAACUGAACACAAUCAUAGAUCGAAGAGCACUCCUAAGAUGAUUAGUCAAAGAGAUGUAAUUUAUGAACAAAAAAAACAAUUAAGAAACAAAAAGCAAGACAUUACAAACGAUCCAGAAUCUGACUACGAGCAUGAAGCAGAUAAAUAUACUUCUCAAGAGCAGAAGAAUCAAAUUUUACAACAAAAGGAACAUCACAGGCCCUUAAUUCGCAAACCCAAACAAGAAAUAACUCAAGAUCCAGAGUCAGAUUCUGAACAUGAGUCACAAAAAUAUAAUAUUUAUGGAGCUCAAUUCGAUAGCCGUCGAGUGGCACGAGGAGGAGGUUUUAACAGCGCUCCUGCCAGCAACGCAAUUACACCACAAUAUCAGCUAGAACCUCUCAAUCUCCACAACAACAAACCCUCUUCUCAACCAAAAUCAAAUGACAAUGGAAGAGACUACAACUUUGCUCUGAAAGGUGGAAAUAUUUUUGACAAGAUGGGUUCGAAUGACCCUCCUGUCCCCAGAAGACGAGGGCUUGGCAGAUUGGUCACAGACAAUUAUCCAACUUCACCUAACGCACGAGAUCAAUUAACUUCUCGAUCAGACCCACCUCAACCUUCCUUUAAUCGUAAUAAUUUCGUUUCUGAUUCUCCUAGACAUUCUCCCAAUAUAUACCACAACAACCCUCACAAUUAUGUUGACUCCAAUUCUCAUUUAGAAAGGCUUAGCUCUGAUCCCUCAAGCUCUAGAUAUUCUCAUAGUGGAGGAAGCAACAUUACUGAAGGAGCUUUCGUUAUUGGACACACCAGUAGUAACCAACCAAGCUCCAACUCAUCACCUAACAGAUAUACGCGUAAAGCUGUGUUUAAGGCAGAUCUGUACGGUACAGAAGAUGUCAAUAAGAAACAACAAAAGCAGGAAGAGUAUCGAAGGCAAUUAGAACUCCAAAUGCAGUCCAACCAACACAGCAAUAAGAAUAAGAAAAAAGAAUUGGAUGUGGAGGAAGGCCUCUUGUUUCCUUCGCAAAAAAACAAUGAUCCUGAAAGAUCUCCCUCAUCAAAGUUCUCUAAUGAUCAUUUCCAGCAACUGGAGAGCAAUAUUUCGCUUAAUAGUGCUGUUUCCUCUCCUGUGAAAAGGGGCCUGGCCAACAAAAUGUCCGAGCCUGUUUCAGGCCAGGACGCGGUUUUGUUAAAACAGCAAAAACAGCGUGAAUAUCAGGCAGAGCUAGAAAGACAAAAGCAAGAGAAGCUCGAAGCUGAAGCCAGAAAGAAGAAAGAAGAAGAGGAAUGGGAAAAAAAACAAGAAGAGAAAGCAAAAACUCUAAUGCAACGUGAGUUGCAGGAAAUAGAAAAGGAGAGACAAGAGAAGCAGAAACAAAAAGAAAAGGGAACAAGCGCUGCCAAAGAUCCAGUGAAAAUUGUAAAUGAUGCAAAGGCCGCAAAUGUGGCAUCUAAUAAUAAUGUUGACCUCAAAGAAGACCUAUUUGGAAAUAGCUCUAGUGGUACUAACAAAAAUAGUGAAAAACGGAGAAGAAGAGCAAAUUCUGAAAUAGUAAUAGAUGCACCAUCAGAUAACACCCACUCAUCACAUCAUCAUCCUCAAUCUCUAACUCCACAACAAGAUUCCAAUGUAAAUACAUAUGCAAACUCCCCCAAUUUACCAGUCACGACUCAACAACAAACUCCCCAGCUUCCACCCCUUAAUUUAUCUCCCAAUAUACCACAACAACCAUUUACUCUAGACAACAAUUUACUUCAACAUAUUCAGCAAGAAAUGGUUGGUCAAGGAAUUCUUUCUUAUCUUUUGGGACAGUUGGCUGUGAUGAAACACAACAAUAUGGAAAUGCAACAACAAGUAUUGAAUGUCAAUAAUUUGUCACAUCUUCAACCUCUCAACAUUUCCAAUACCUCUGUUCUUCCCAUCAGCCCUAACCUUAAUGUACACAACCACUUAUCUGCACCAAAUAACAUUUCACACAACAAUAGCUUUGAGGUACAACAACAAAAGAAUGAACUAUUUGGAGGAAGAUCCUCUCCAACGUUGGCACAAGAUGAUCAUCAUUCGCGAGAAGUGAUACAGAAAUCUUCUGUGGUAGACACGUCGAUAGAUGGUGGUAGUGGUGGAACAGAACAACCUGAAAAGAAACCCAAAAGGAGGCGAAAGAAGAAACCCUCGUUGGAGGAAGAGCUGGGAGACAACAACUCUCCAAAAGCUAUUGCUCGCAACGUGAAACCAGCAAGCGUUGAGGACGAGCAAGAAGCCUGUGCACCGCCAUCUAAGCCAACAAAAAGUAGGAGAGUGUUCAAACUGAAUCAAGGAGAGAGCAUCAACCAACAAGAUGAGAAUACUAACUCAUCAUCAACAACGCUCAGUGAGAAUGGAGAGCUACAGGUAGCAGCAAGGCCAAAAAGAAGCUCCAGCAAUCCAAAGAAGUCACAACAAGGGAGUGAUUCAGAGACGAAUGAAGCUCUAGUGCCCAAGCCAUCUCGAUCGAGGCGUGUGUUCAAUAUCAACACCAAACACGAAAGCUCACCAGUACUUGCUGGCAAGUCACAAUCGGAUGAUGAGUAUCACAACUUGGAUUCCGAUGGUUAA